UGAAUAUUCACGACGGCGGAUCCAACUGCAUCUCUCCUCGUCUUACACCUCAUUAAGGUUUCACAAAGAUCUUGUCUCAACUGUGGAGCCACACAAAGGAGUUUUUUCUUCUACACUUCACCGUGCUUCCAACACAAACUGGAAUAAUUUAUUUCUACGCGGAUGUAACCAGAACUCUGUGACUUUAAUUCGUUGACUGGACGUGCAUUCGCUGACUCAAAGGAGUUGGGCUCGAUAAGUGAACUCAGAGCAUUUACGUAAAGGUGUCUCGGACCAAGAAGAAAGCCAACAGAAAGUCAGAAUGGGACGCAACGUCUCUACCCGGGUGCCUAUUGUGUCCUUAACAGCCAAGGUGGACAACAGCCCUAGUUCCUACAUCAACUCGAGUUCAGAUCCAGUCAGCUCGAUAUUAGAAAGGAUAGACGCUGAGCUAGACGAUAUGGACCGUCGGAACACACAGCAGACACAGGCCUGGGAUCGGUCAGUUUCGCCGAUGACCUUGAACUGACGGACAAAGACCGACUGACCAACUGUCAUCCGCAGCAGAAGGACCAGAUCUCUGGCAGUGCGGAGAUAUACUCCGAAGCCAACACGACAGAUGCUUUCACAGAUGAUGACGCCUCUCGUCGCCAUGACGACAACAACCCCAGUGACCUUGACUCUAUUGCCGCACAGCAGAUAGACCGGAAGUUUAAAGAAAUAAUGAGAAAAAAGAAAGUGCCCCCAGACCUCCCUCCACACCCAGGCAGACCCCUGGGUGCUCUGUCCUCGCGACUACGCUCCAGAUCUGCCAACAGGGCGUCUGCCAACAUGCUCUCCACCGGAACUGACGACAAGAAACAACAAGGAACAGACGACAAAGAUGGCGGCGGUGGUGACGGCGGAAGUGGUGGUACUGGUUACGGCCAAACAUCAGGGCGUCUCGGGUUCGGAGCUGGAUAUGGCACGGACAACGAGUCUGUGAAAACGGAGGAUUUUGAGUCGAAGUUCAUGAACCUGAUCGUGAACGGUUCGGAUACGGAAAGAGCUGACACCGCUGGAUCGGCUGCUUCUACCGCUAGAAACAAAAGUGAGAGUCGGAUAAACGGGAGAUCUGAUCGGACGAGAGGGGGCGGAGCCUGUGGAGAAAGGGCUGACAACGAUGCCAAUGACAUCAUACAUCGACUCCGGAGUAUUGCUCAGAGCUCUACCCCAGCCGCACCCACCCCCAUCCUGUCCAGACCUCGAAGUGUGAGCCCCACGAGGAACAGGUAAUUCUUACUUUCUCUG